CUAACCUGGUAAUUCCGUGCCGCGCUAUCCUAUUCUUGUAAGCUGUUAGUAGUGGCGUUUAAGCAGUAGCAACCUCCCUUUGGUUUCAGUGUUUGUGUCUUUGAGGAAUUUAAUCGAACACAUGGCGCCUCACUCUGCCAAUCUAUGGGUUUUGGUGGGACUUGGUUUGGCUGGAAUCCUGAUCAUGACCAGAAAGUUGAAGAAACAUGCCAUGAAACAAGACUUUGGUGCUUUCAUCCAAAAGCUUCAGCUUCUACCUCCUCCACAACCUGCUCCCCCAAAAGCUCCUCAUCCUCUCACUUCCCUCACCUUUGUUCUAUCUGACAUAUUUGACGUUGAUGGGCAUGUUACCACGUUUGGACAUCCAGAAUGGGCAAGGACUCAUGAAGCUGCUUCUCAGACAUCUCCUGUAGUUUCUGCUCUGGUUGAAGGAGGUGCAACCUGCAUUGGGACAACUGUUGUGGAUGAACUAGCAUAUGGUAUCAGUGGUGAAAAUAAGCAUUAUGGAACACCAACCAAUCCUGCUGUGCCUGCUCGAAUACCAGGUGGCUCCUCUAGUGGCGCUGCUGUGUCCGUUGCUGCUAAUUUAGUUGAUUUUGCACUAGGUAUUGAUACUAUUGGAGGGGUGAGACUACCUGCUGGAUUUUGUGGCAUUUUAGGAUUUCGACCUUCAUAUGGGGCUGUUUCUCAUAAUGGAAUUAUACCUGUUUCAAAAAGUCUGGACACUGUUGGUUGGUUUGCAAAGGAUCCUGAUAUUUUGCGACGUGUUGGGCAUAUACUUUUGCAAGCGCCAGUUGUAAUUCAACGCAAUCCUCAGCAAAUAUUUAUAGCUGAUGAUUGUUUUCAACAUAUAAAUGUUCCUCUUGACAGGAUUUCUCAGGUGGUGAUCAAAUCCACUGAGAAGCUUUUUGGAAGGCAAGUAUUGAAGCAUAUAAAUCUUGAGGAGUAUUUAUGUACCAAACUUCCUAGUUUGAAAGAGCUCUCCAACCAGAACAGAAAUGGUGAACUGAAAGCUUCAUUAAAAUCACUUACAAACGUUAUGAAAUUUCUACAAAGACAUGAAUUUAGACUCAUGCACAAGGAGUGGAUAAAUAUAGUAAAGCCUGACCUUCAUCCAGCUGUUUCAGCAGAUUUGCAUGAAAAGUUUGAGGGUUCUGAUGUAGAGCUUGAAAACUGUAAAUCUGUUAGAAAUGAGAUGCGUGCUGCUGUCAAUUCUCUUUUGAAGGAUGAAGGAAUAUUGGUCAUCCCUACUGUAGCUGAUCCUCCUGCAAAGUCGGGUGGGAAGGAGAUCUUAUCAGAGGACUAUCAGAGCCGUGCAUUUAGUCUGUUAAGUAUUGCUAGCAUAUCUGGUUGCUGCCAGGUCACAGUACCAUUAGGAUUUUAUGACAAGUGUCCUGUUUCAGUGUCCUUGAUAGCUCAGCAUGGCGGUGAUCGCUUUCUACUGGACACACUACAGACCAUGUAUACAACUCUCCAAGAGCAGGUUGAUAUUGCUGCCAAAACUAAAUCAUCAAGAAAUGUUCUCAGUCAGGAACAAUCUGCCGAAAUUGCCAAAGAGAAGGGAAACCAAGCCUACAAAGAUAAGCAGUGGCAGAAAGCCAUUGGAUUUUAUACAGAAGCUAUCAAACUUAGCGGCAAUAAUGCGACAUAUUACAGUAACAGAGCUCAAGCGUAUCUAGAACUUGGGAGUUACCUCCAAGCUGAGGCAGAUUGUACAAGAGCAAUUAACCUUGACAAAAAGAAUGUGAAAGCCUAUUUUCGUAGAGGUAGAGCAAGGGAGAUGCUAGGCUACUAUAAGGAUGCAAUUGAUGAUUUUAAUUAUGCCCUCAUACUUGAGCCAACCAACAAAAUGGCAGCCUCAGCUGCGAAAAGAUUGAGGAAGUUAUUCCAGUAGAUGUUUAUGUGUGUACACAAGCUAUGAGAGCUAUUGUCUUUGGCUACCAUACACCCCAGAAAAAUAAUGCUGGUGAACCUAUUCAUUUAUAGUCACAGGGGCAAUGUGAUAUAUGGUUUCUACAAAAUGAUAAUGAUUCUUUGUCCUUCAUGGCAAUUGGCAAGGCAAUUUAUGUACAUGGAAAGCUUGUUUUGCUGGUCCUCAGGUUCUGCAGUACUAGUGCUAUUGUCAGUGUUAUUAUGUUGUCCAAUUUUGCUUCUUAGGUAAAUACAUUCUCGGAUUGUAAUAUACCAUUCAUGUGAUGUGAGGCAUAGUGUUUAUUUACUCUAGCUUAGUUUAAUGGAUUUUGCCAUCAGUGGUUUUCAAAUUUGCCAAAUGGAAUUUUAUGUAGAAUGAAAUAAUGCUCCUUGG